GUGCACACACGGUUGCCCAGCCUCCAGGAAGUGUCUUCUUGCUCCCGAACAUGCUCGAGGACUGGAGAUUUGCGCACUCACCGUACGUGGAGUCCGGCGGUCUUCAGGCGUAUGCCGGUGCGCCGCUCCGACUGCAAAACGAGCAUGGUCAGACAGCAUGCCUCGGGUCUAUCUGCGUAGCUUCAUCCGCUCCGCAAGCUCCACUACCACGAACACUACAAGCUGCACUGGCUCGCUUAGGGGACUGGGUCGUCUCUGAUAUAGUGAACCUGACGAGAGCACGGCGACAGCGAGUGAGAAGCCGCAUGGUCGACCUAAUCGCAGCAGCACAAGCGGAGACAAAGGAUGCGCUUUCCGAACAACCCGCCAUGCGCGCCCUGCGAGACAUCUAUCCUGAUGCCGUGAUAAAGCUUCAGUCUUCUAAGGCCGGCCACGUCGAGGUUGAAGGGCACGGUCCGGUGCCGCUUUCUAACAUCUCAACCGGUCUGUGGGAGGACAUUGAGCAUAUUGACCGCUUCAUUGCAGAGUCGAAUCACCUCGAGCCUCCCACUGAUCACGUCAUACGGGUCAUCGCCGCGCAAUGCGAGACCGUCUCAGGCCAGUCAUUCCUGACCGUGGGAACUAAGGAUUUCCGACUGGUGUUUGAUGACAUAGAUGCUUGGUUCGUACAGAAGUGCGCAGGCAUCAUCUCCGACAUGUGGAACAAGCGCCUCCUUGCGGAGGUGAUGCUCGCAAAGGAAAAGUUUCUGCGCGGCUUUUGCCAUCAACUUCGGACACCAAUCCACGGGAUCCUGGGUUCUGUUGAGCUACUGGCCGAGCAGUUGAAACUGCAAAAGCUAGACGAGGCAGGAUCGGAAGUCAGCUCUUUGCACACAGAAGCCGCGGCCGCCAACUCCAGCGUCAUCACUGAUGGCGGAUCCAGCAUCUAUCUCGACACAAUCAAAUCGGCCGGUCGUGACUUGAUCUCCAUAAUCAACAACAUGAUAACUCUCAACAGAUGGGCUGAUAUUGCAAAAAAGGACCGCCAGUAUGAGGAUCACACUCUCUACGACCUUGAGACUCGACUCUGGAACGAGAUAGUGGGAGCUAAUGAUGGUGAUACACACUUCUCUGCCUCAGUAGUUUUCACUCAUGACCUACCGCCCGAUCGAUGCAGUAUACGUACUGACCUUGGCCUUCUAUGCGACAGUGUACUUCCUCUGGUCACUAAUGCGCUCCAAAAUACCCUGGCUGGCAAAGUAGUCAUAGAGAUAUCUGCUCGCCCAGAUCUCAACGACCUUGUCAUUGGUGUCAAAGACACAGGAAGAGGCAUCCAGCCAGAGGAUCAACGACGGAUCUUCGAGCUGUAUGAGCAAGUAGAUGUGUGUACAACUGGUGCAGGACUAGGCCUCACUCUCGCAUCGAAUUUCGCGGCUCUACUUCAUGGGUCAGUCGAUCUGGUAUCAUCCGAGGUCGGUCGUGGCUCGCACUUCAGAGCUACAUUCCAUGGGGUCAACUUGACCUACUCAGAUUCUCCUGAUACCGGAUCGGUGAUUGGCAAGCUCAGAAAUAUACCGAAAAGCUUUCACGCUAUUCAAUCGAAUGCGGAAGCUUCAGCGUUGUACGACGACUUCAGCAGAUUUCUUAGCUGUCACGGCUUUUCAUCAACCGAUUGUAUAGGUGAUGGCCUCAUCAUCCUCGAUGGCGUGGCGAACGGAGAAGAGCGGCACGUAGCGUUGUCGCGAGCGUAUCCGGAGCAAGUUAUUAUCUGUCUGGUUCCACCCUCGAAAACCAAAAGUCAUGUUGAUGGUCGCACAAGAAACCUGAUCUACAUGAACGGGCCAUUACUCACGUCAACAAUGACUCAAGCACUCGAGGACGCGGACAACUUUCUUGCGAGCAUAAACCCUAGUCAAAUAUAUCUCAAUCAGCCUACAGAGGAACCUACGCCUUGUCUCGCCGUCAGUGUGUCACCAAAGCGAGAAAGAUUCGCACGCCACGACAGCAAGACUGGAAAUAUCGAAAGUUUUGUAGAUGAUCGAAAGGUGGAUGAACCUUCACCCGAAGCACACGGAAUGGAGGAGUUUUCGACUGUACCUGACCAUCCUAAGUCACCCAACAACAAAACGGUACACCAGAACGGGGUUUCACAAGCAAAGAAACCGGCAUCGGAUCGAUCCUGCUUCAGAAAGGCACGGUCAUGUGCCCUAUCUACACAUCAACCUGCCUCGGACGUCGAAUCUCCUAGGACCUCAAUCGCACCAAACAAGCCCAACGCAGCAUAUCAAUCAAAUUCUCUAAACAUCAAGGUCGUCUAUGUCUUUCCUUCAUCGGCAACUAUCACUCACCCCACCGCUCUCCUAGUCGACGACAACGACAUCAAUCUCCGCAUCAUGCGAAUGUACUGCGAAAAGCGCUCGCUUCCUUACAUAUGCGCCCGCGACGGCCUCGAAGCAGUCUCACUCUUUCAAUCCCGUCAAGCCUCCGCUGCCACCGAAUCAACAACGUCCCCAAUCCAGCUUAUCCUCAUGGAUCUGCAAAUGCCGAAGUGUGACGGCGUCGAAGCUACUAGACGUAUAAGGGAGCUUGAGAAGGAGAAUGGUUGGGCAGAAAGCACGCUGUUUGUGGUGACUGGGCAAGACAGUUCCGCGGACAGGAAAGCGGUGGCUGAGGUAGGCGGGCAGGAGUACUUUGUGAAGCCGGUUACUAUAAAGAGCUGGGAUAAAGGGUUGAGUAAGUAUUUUCCUUUAUUCAAGGCUGGAUAGGCAUUCAUGUCUGAGUGGUGGUGCAGUGGUGAAAAGUAUUUGAUUGUACGAGUAUGAAUGAUAGCCGGACAACGACGUCACGUAUGUCUCUCCUCUAUAUGAGCUAGUUACACGGCAUCGGGAAGUUUCAACGAUAAAACAUGUUGCUGAUGAGAUUCGACUGAAGGCCUCUAUUCGAAGAGGGCCUUCUACGCACUACCUCUCGGAAGUUGCUUUUCCGGAGACAGUAGGAAAUCAUGUUUGCAACGGAAUAGCCGAAGGAAU